UGCGUCUCCAAAUUCGAGAUGGCGAGUUCUGACGCUAUGUCGAGUACUUGAUUCUUGUGAUGGAGCCCAUCCAUCAGCUCCUGAGGCUGAUGGACAGAGGAGGGAUGAUGAUGUCCAUCGUCUACGAGUGGAGCCGUCAUCUUGUUCAGCUUCUGACGAAGAUGGACGUUGUGCCGGCUGAUCUUCUGACCCGGUGCGUGCGAGAGGUCAGGAUGCGGCUCAUGCACUUGUUGGAGCCUGCGCACGCUGCCGCUCAUCUCCUAAGCCCCCGUCGUCGGUCUUUGAGGUACUACGCGUCCCUCCACACCACGACGGAGGAUGCGGAGGUUGUACAGGAGUGUGAUCGUUUUCUCCUUGCACAGACUGGAGGUCAUCCCACCAGCAGGGAUUACCUCGUUGUUCGUGACCAGAUGCGCCGAUUCCAUGCGCGCAGUGGAGACUGGGGUGACUGGCUGGUGUCGGAUGCCGAGGCGGAGGAUUGUCAGGGGGAUCAGGAGACGCACCAUUGCGCGGCGUGGUGGUUUGCCCACGGCACUGCCCACCCUGAGUUACGUGCUAUCGCUAUCUGUGUGAUGCACAUGUGGACGACAGCCUCUCCCGCGGAGAGGAAUUGGGCGGCCCACGAGCGCAUUCAUACGGCAAAGCGGAGCAACCUUGGCUUCGCCAAGCUGGCACAACUGGUUGAGAUCACGACAAAUCUCAAAUCGGCUUCAUGUAGGCAGCAGGGUGGCGGCUAUGUGCUUCCGUGGGUCUUGGAGGGUGUCGACACCGAGAGAUGGCGGCCGGACGAGGACGAGGACGGUGGUGACCCCGAGCCUGACGUGUGGGGGGCCAGAACUGUUGGUACGUUCAGCGACCAGGACAUCAGGAGGCAGAUCGAUGUUUUUCGCAAGGACGGCACAGACCGUCCUCGAGAGGUUUCUGCCGUAUUCGGGAAUCGGGCGGCCACUCUGCUCCCUUUCGACCAUGUGCCUCCUCCCCCGUCCCGGGGAGCAGGAGAGGGUUCUGCGGCAGCCGAUGAGGAUGGAGAGGACGAUUGGACGGACGCAGAGGAUGUGGCGGGGGGCACAGACAGGACGACGGAGCAGGUUUACUUCACGUACGGGGGCGGGUCGGACGGGCAUGCACCGCGGACGUCCGUCAUCACGGACGAUGUCGCCGGCGGGGCACAGGGUAGCGCCACUCGAUCACCUCCAGCGGGUCGAGGGCAUGGUCGUGGCGCCGUUGCUCGCGACGUUCACCCCCGCGCGAGGAGAGUUUUAGGGGUGGAUUCAAGUGACGAGGACGAGGGCGUGGCACCUCACGCUGACCACCUGCGGGACCCUCGGUUCGAUCCGAGCCACCACUCCAGGGAGCAUUCAGAGCAGCUUCGUCGAUCACACAGGUUGGCAGAGCGUAGCGGUCCGACGUCCCAGCAGCCUCAGGACAUACCGGUCGUGGAGGGGACACCGUUACAUAGCGGCCCCGCUCAGCCCGCGACAUCCUCUCUGCGCACCAGCGACUUCGAUAUCGCGGGUUCGCAUGGGGGCUCACCUGUCUUACGAUGCAGAGUCAGUGACAAAGCGGAGUACAGGACGAAUGUCAAGGAGAGGGAGGAGACUGUUGAGGAGAGGGACGCUCGCCUAGAUCGCGAGGAGGAGGCACUGUUACAGUCCAUGCCUCGAUGGGAGGGCAGAGAGGCGUUUGAGGCCGAGCAGCGGGGGCAGAGGGAGUUAGAGACGAUAGGAGCGGGUCCGCCACUGAGCGUCGGACGUAUGUCGAAUUCUGACACGAUGCAGCCCCCCUCUAGGCCCUCUCAUGUUGUGGGUGGUGGUGCUGACACAUGCGGAUUGGACGCUGGAGGCGAGGGGCAGGCAGAUGUGCCAUGCGAGGGUGGUCAUGUCGGGGGUGUCGAGACAGUCGCGACAGACACAGGAGCUGAGAGCUCCGACGACGGCAAGGAGUGUGCGGCCGCCGAGGCUAUCGUAGGCGACGUCGUGAUUGGCAUAUGCGCGGCUAGCACAGAUGGCGGGACUCAUGGAGGGGAGGAGGGGAGGAGGGGAUGGUGGACGAGGGCAGAGGAGUUGGACGAGGGCGAUUUGGCUUUGCUUGAGGAGGAGUUGGUGGACGAGGGCAGUGUCCCUUUGGAGGGCAAUGUGCCUUUCGUUGAUGACGCGGCAGAGGGUGACGAGGAGGGAGCAGCGGUCGAUGCAGGCCACAGUUCCCCGUCCGUGCGAGAUGGAGUGACCAGAGGGCAUGUUGAGGAGGAGGGAGCAGCCAUCGAUAUGUCCCUCGCGAUUAUUGUUACGCCCCAGUCGGUGCGAGAUGUCGAGAGAGGAGGGCAUAUUGACUCGGGCGGGCCGGGCUUUUUCUAUGCAGGUGGGAAGUUCGGGGAGAUGCCUCGGUGGGAUGGCGGGGAACCGGGGGAGUGCACUCCGACCCCAUUACGUCCGGAGCAGCUAGAGAGGUUGGGGACGAAGGACCCUUUCCCGUUCACUGGUGGUCAGUCGUCGCCUCCCCCGUGGGCUCCAGUGAGCCCUAGGUGGACCGGAUCAUCGCAGUCCGACAUCCGCGAGCGGGAGUCUUUGGAGAGACAGGCGACAGUGUUUUCAGGCGGGCCUGGCAGCAGCCAUGCGCAGCCACUGACGCGCCCUGUAUCUCUAGCAUUGCAGCAGAGAUCAGCACCGGCUGCAGGUCUUCCACCGAUUGGAGGUCGAGGCAGCGGGCGGGGAUCUUCUUCGAGUGAUCGAGGUGGCGUUUUAGGGGGGUGGUCGUCUUGUCGGCGAGUGACGGACAGUCUGAGGAGGGACUACGAUAGAGGACGGGGGUUGUUCGCACAAGGACCAUUGGGGGAGGGAGAUCCUGCAGCGGGUGCGAGUGAGGCUGGACGAUCGAGUGUCCACACGGCAGGACGUAUACUCGGAUUGGAUAGAGUUGAGACGAGGAGGACAGAGAGGUUGGAGGUUUAUCCGGCUCGAUCAGCCAUUGACGAUAGACGGCAGGGACUGCCGUACACAUCAGGCGAGGAGGACUUGCAUAUGCCACAGGGUUUGAGACGUCAUGGCUCGAUCAGGGAUCUUGAUGCGGAGAUUGUUGCUGACCAGCAGCGGUUGGCGGACCUCAUUCGCAAGCGUGGGAGGAGGUCGGAGACGGAGGCACAGACUGAGGAGGCGGAUACAGAGACUGAGCCCAUCGACACAACCACCGACUCCUCUCCUUCCCCGCCGCGACUACCGACGCGUCGAGCCAUUCGCUCAGCCCGUUGCAGCGAGCAGCUUGCUUCUCGCGAGGACGUUGUGUCCUCUCUUCUGGACUUGAGCAUGCUUCAGGCUCGUCAGGAGCGACUCACCCUCCAUGUCGCUGCACUGCGUCGCCUUCUCGCCAUUCUCUCUGACCCUGAUCGCACCCUCCCGAUCAUCCCCGUACGACUCGGGACCUCCACGAGGGUGUACUCGGCGCUGUGGGAUUCCGGUUCUCAGGGCGACUUCAUUCACCCACGCGUGGUGAAGGAAGCCCGCUUACCCACGACAGGGUCUCCGACUCUCAUCUCCGUUACCCUAGCGGAUGACAAGACCCAGCGCUUCUUCGAUCAGACGGUCACCGACCUCCCCUUCUUCCUCACUCUCGAGCCGACUGAGCGUUCCCCUGCGUCUCGUCGCCACCGCUCCUCUGCACAUUUCGAUGUGAUGGAGACGGGGUACGACUUCAUUCUCGGCACUCCGUGGUCUCGUCGAUUCGGCAGCACCGAGGCCGAUUGGGCGACCAACACUCUCGUUCUCAAAACGAAGURUGGACAGACGUAUCGCACUCUCGAUCCCGAGGCCACCGAACUCAAGCGUCAGCUUGAGGAGCUCCUGAGACUGGGUUUCAUUAAACCCAGCAACUCCCCGUGGGGUGCACCCGUCCUCUUUGCUCGCAAAGCGGAUGGAACUCUUCGUCUCUGCAUCGACUACCGCGGCCUUAACCGCUACACGGUUAAGAACAGCUACCCCAUGCCUCGUUCCGAUGAGCUGUUCGACCGCCUAGCAGGCAACCGCUUCUUUACGAAGAUUGAUCUUCGUAGCGGUUACCAUCAGAUCCGCGUCGCUGCAGCCGACCAGCCGAAGACAGCGUUCCGAUCGCGAUUCGGCCACUACGAGUUCACGGUGAUGCCGUUCGGCCUCACCAACGCACCCGCUACCUUCCAGAGGGUGAUGAACGACAUCUUGAGGAUCAUCCUGGAGCAUUACGUUCUCGUCUACCUCGACGAUAUCCUGGUCUAUAGUCGUACCCUUGAGGAGCACCUCAGACACCUCCGCGACGUCCUUGAUCGCUUGCGCAGACAUGGCUUCUACGCCAAGCUAAGCAAGUGCCGCUUUGCCCAACACAAAGUGAAUUUCUUAGGACACUACGUGUCUGACCAGGGUCUUCACAUGGACGACGCGAAGAUCACUGCUAUUGCGGAGUGGCCCGCUCCUACAUCCGCCAAGCAGCUUCGCAGCUUCCUAGGCCUGACCAGCUACUAUAGUAACUUCAUCCRGGGAUACGCUAGGUAUUCCUACGUCCUUACCUCCACCCUCCUCCGGAAGAACCCACCCUGGGCUUGGACACCCCUCCACGAGGACGCCUUCCGCGCCCUCAAGAAGGCGGUGACAUGCGCACCGAUUCUUCACCUACCCGAUUUUGACCGCCCUUUUAUCCUUACCACCGACGCGUCAGACUUCGCUGUAGGAGCAGUGCUUUCUCAGGUCUUCCCUUCAUCUCCUGAUUCCUCUCAUCCUCGUAUCCCUCGCUUCCCACCACCUACCCCUACCACUGCUUCCCGACUGACGCCUACUCGUCCAGCUACUGACGAGCCUUCUACUGACUAUUCUCCUACCAUCGCCGAGGACGGCACUGUCGAGUCUCGCUCAGGGGAUGUAUACCACCCUUACAGGACUGCACAGCUUGCCAGCCGUGACUAACUCCAUCGGAAGGACGCCACGCCUGACAGUGUUCUUAGGUUCGGAAUGUUCGAAAGGUUGUGUAAGCAGGCGCCAUCACUUUCUCGUUUCGCUCCGCGCCUUGAAAGC